UCAGAUUUAUUUUCCCGAUAAAGUCUCUGACAAUAAGAACAGAUCACAAAAAUAAUAUGAUGACAUGGAAGAACAAGCAUAGGAAUUUCACAUACAUAUUAUGGAAUGAAUCUGCGGUUAUAGACCUCAUUACAAAAGAACAUCAGGGUAUUUUGACUCUCUAUCAGUCAUAUGGCCACUGGGUUCAGCGGAUAGACGUGGCUAAGUAUGUUAUAUUGUACCAUUAUGGCGGAUGGUAUAUCGAUUUGGACAUAUCUUGUAAACAAAGUUUGUUCGGUCUUGCUGAAGAUAUGGCAAAUACAAAUAAAAGCGUCGUCAUGUAUGCUGAGGAAAAUGCAAGGGUUGCAACGGAUUUUUUCGGCAUAACACCUCGACAUCCAUUUAUGAAAUCCGUAUUAGACGCAUUGCCGUCCUCAAAUAGAUGGUUUCUGUCCCAGCACACAACCAUUAUGAUUUCGACAGGUCCAAGUUUCAUGAUGGGAAGAUAUCUGAACUACCCGUGCCAGGACGAUAUCCGUGUGUUGUCUCUGGAUAGUUUUGCCAGAUAUGCACUACUAUCUCAUGACUGUUCUUGGUGCGGACAAGAUUCAUUUAGUAUUUGUUUUAUUGAAGAUCAUAAAUUUUUAGUGUUUUGUAUCAUAUUGCUAAUAUCGAUUGUAAUGUAUAUAUUUUGUAGAAGGAAAGGAUUUAUUUCAAAUUUCUUAAAUCGCAACUGUAAACGCUUCCGCAAAAUUCAUGAAUAUGAACGCAAAACUGUUUGACAGUCAUCCACAUGUUUAACCUUUACUGGAGUGAAGGACGUGCUAGCUGGUACACGGCGGAAAAUGAAGUUGUCGACAAAUUGUUCAUUUAUAGACUAAAGGAAGGCUUAUGACUGUAUAAAUUGGCAAAUUGUAUGGUGUAAAUUAGAUAAUGUUUUAGAGAAUAAGUUAUUAAAUGCCAUAAAAAGUUUGUACAAUAAUGUUAUGCCCACAAUUGUUAACAGCUUUCUUACAGAAUGGCUCCAUGUAAACACAGAAUUGAGCAAGUGUUUGCAUUAUCACCAAUGCUGUUUAAUCUGUAUAUAAAUGACCUUGCUGUUUAGCUAGAUUCAAUGAAUAAAGGUAUUUAUAUUG